UAUUCAUUGGAUCUCCUCCCGAUAAUCACAGUAACAACAAAAGCCACACGGCCCCAUAACCUAAAUCCUAUUUUCUCUCUCCCUUGAUUUCUUUCUGUCCCCCUUUCUUUCUCUCCGUUAAUUAUAGUGAUAAAUGAUCUUAGGGUUAUUGUAGUUUAUGAUUGGAAUUGCAAGAUUAUGGCUUCCGAAAGUGCUUCCAGAUCAUCCACUACAUCGGCCGAUUCCUACAUAGGAAGCUUGAUUAGUUUGACUUCCAAGAGCGAGAUCAGAUACGAGGGCGUACUCUACAACAUCAACACUCAAGAGUCCAGUAUUGGACUUGAAAAUGUAAGGUCAUUUGGAACAGAAGGAAGGAAAAAAGAUGGUCCACAAGUCCCUCCCGGCGACAAAAUCUAUAAAUAUAUACUAUUCCGUGGGAGUGACAUCAAGGAUUUACAGGUUAAAUCUUCUCCACCUGUUCAGCCUAUGCCACCCAUAAACAUUGAUCCUGCUAUUAUUCAGUCUCACUAUGCCCGCCCAAUUUCUACUUCUACAAGCUUGCCUCCUGCUGUUAGUGGGUCUUUGACAGAUAUUAGUUCCCAUAGUGCGCAGUUGGGACCCCACGGGUCAAGUUUCCAAGGUGGCCUUCCUUUGUAUCAGCCUGGAGGUAAUAUAGCAUCUUGGGGAGCUACACCACCUCCUUCUAGUGCAAAUGGUGGUGGGCUUGCUAUGCCAAUGUACUGGCAAGGAUACUAUGGCCCACCAAAUGGGCUUCCUCAUUUGCAUCAGCAAUCUUUGCUUCGUCCACCGCCUGGGCUGCCAAUGCCUUCUUCACUUCAGCUGCCAGUGCAAUAUCCUAAUUUUAAUGUCUCUUUACCCUCUGGUUCGUCAAACUUACCCGAAGUUCCAUCUCCUUUGCCUCCUGCCAGUUCUAGUUCCAUGAAUUUAAGCUCCAGUUCUUUAGCACCAUCAACUUUGCCGUCAACUCUGCCUCCCGUGCCUUCAGUUACACUAGCUUCUGAAACAUUAGUAAACUCGGUGCCCAGCAAGGCCCCGCCUAGUUCUGGCCUUCCAACAAUCACACUAGGUUCUAGUAUGCCAUCUCUGGCUCCUUUAGCUAUGUCUAGCCCAGAUAUAAAUGCUAUUUUGCCUCCGAUCUCCAAUAAGCCUAGUGCAAUUCCCGGACCAAUCUUGUCAUAUCAAGCCUCUUCGCGAUCUACCUCAUCUAUUGUUGGAACAUCCAACACUAUUCACGCAGAAGCACCAGCGCCAUCAUUGGUAACUCCAGGUCAGCUGUUGCAGUCUGUACCUAGUGCAGUUGCUUCUUCCCAAACUUUACAAACAGUGCAUAAGGAUGCAGAAGUGGAUCAAGUAUCAUCUUCAUCAUCUGAAUCAAUAGUCCCAGUUCCAGCUGAAGGUCAGCCACCACUACUGCCUUUGCCGGUACCUUCACGAACUUCUCAAAAGCCGAAUGGAACUCCUUUUCAAUAUCGUCAAGGUUACCGGGGACGUGAUAGGGGAGGAGGAAGUGGGAGUUCACGUCCAGUAACAAAAUUCUCUGAAGAUUUUGAUUUCAUAGCUAUGAAUGAGAAAUUUAAGAAGGACGAAGUGUGGGGUCAUCUUGGCAAGAGUAAUAAAUCUCAUUCAAGGGAAGGGGAUGGAGAAGUCAGUGAUGAAGAUGAUACUCUAGAUGAUGAAGAUGCUGAACUAUCAAAGUUUGAGGUCAAGCAGUCUGUCUAUAACAAGGAUGAUUUCUUUGAUUCCCUCUCCUGCAACUCACUCAAUCAUGAGUCGCAGAAUGGAAGGAGUAGAUUCUCUGAGCAAAUGAAGAUAGACACGGAGACUUUUGGUGACUUCACGAGAUAUCGGGGUGGUCGAGGGGGUCGUGGGUCCGGGCGUGGUGGCCGUUUUCGUGGUGGUUACUAUGGAAGGGGGUAUAACCAUGUAGGGAGGGGCCGGGGACCAGGCAUUUUCGGUCGUAGCCCUUAGGGACAAGACUUGUGAAAUGUUGUAGUGGGUAAAUAUGAAGCCCGUCUGCCCCUGACAGCAAACCGGUUGAGGGCUGUGCUUAUUAUGGUUGUCUUUUAUAUUAGAUUGUCCAGAAAAUAAAGAUUAGGAUAUGGAUUUUGAUUUUUAA